AUGCGGCGAGGAGACGGCGAGGAGGCGGCGAGGAGGCGGCGAGGAGACGGCGAGGAGGCGGCGAGGAGACGGCGAGGAUGCGGCGAGGAGGCGGCGAGGAGACGGCGAGGAGACGGCGAGGAUGCGGCGAGGAGGCGGCGAGGAGGCGGCGAGGAGGCGGCGAGGGAGACGGCGAGGGGGCGGCGAGGAGGCGGCGAGGAGACGGCGAGGAGGCGGCGAGGAGACGGCGAGGAGGCGGCGAGGAGGCGGCGAGGAGGCGGCGAGGAGGCGGCGAGGGGGGCGGCGAGGAGGCGGCGAGGAGACGGCGAGGAGGCGGCGAGGAGACGGCGAGGAGGCGGCGAGGAGACGGCGAGGGGGCGACGAGGAGACGGCGAGGAGGCGGCGAGGAGGCGGCGAGGAGACGGCGAGGAGGCGGCGAGGAGACGGCGAGGAGGCGGCGAGGAGGCGGCGAGGAGACGGCGAGGAGGCGGCAAGGAGACGGCGAGGAGGCGGCAAGGAGACGGCGAGGAGGCGGCGAGGAGGCGGCGAGGAGGCGGCGAGGAGGCGGCGAGGGGGCGGCGAGGAGACGGCGAGGAGACGGUGCUUGUAUCGGGCUCGUCUCAGUCUCGUCCCAGUCUCGUCUCGGGCUCGUCUCGGGCUCGUCUCGGGCUCGUCUCAGUCACGUCUCAGUCUCGUCCCAGUCUCGUCCCAGUCUCGUCCCAGUCUCGUCUCGGGCUCGUCUCGGGCUCGUCUCGGGCUCGUCUCGGGCUCGUCUCAGUCACGUCUCAGUCUCGUCCCAGUCUCGUCCCGGUCUCGUCUCGGUCUCGUCUCGGGCUCGUCGCAGUCUCGUCCCAGGCUCGUCUCAGGCUCGUCUCAGGCUCGUCUCGGGCUCGUCUCAGUCACGUCUCAGUCACGUCUCAGUCUCGUCCCGGUCUCGUCCCGGUCUCGUCUCGGUCUCGUCUCGGGCUCGUCGCAGUCUCGUCCCAGGCUCGUCUCAGGCUCGUCUCAGGCUCGUCUCAGGCUCGUCUUAGGCACGUCUCAGUCACGUCUCAGUCUCGUCUCAGUCACGUCCCAGUCUCGUCUCAGGCUCGUCUCAGUCUCGUCCCAGUCUUGUCCCAGUCUUGUCCCAGUCUCGUCCCAGUCUCGUCUCAGUCUCGUCUCGGGCUCGUCUCAGUCUCGUCCCAGUCUCGUCUCAGGCUCGUCUCAGUCACGUCUCAGUCACGUCUCAGUCACGUCUCAGUCACGUCUCAGUCUCGUCUCGGGCUCGUCUCGGGCUCGUCUCGGGCUCGUCUCGGGCUCGUCUCAGUCUCGUCCCAGUCUCGUCUCAGUCUCGUCUCAGUCACGUCUCAGUCUCGUCUCGGGCUCGUCUCAGUCUCGUCUCGGGCUCGUCUCGGGUCUCGUCGUCUCGGGCUCGUCUCGGGCUCGUCUCAGUCUCGGUCUGGUUUAGACGGAGCAGCAGUAAAACUACAGUUGAUGUCGGUUGCCGCCUCCCGUUUCCAUGGAGACUGUUCCAGGUGA